UUCUCUGUCUCCUACAGGAUCAGCACGCUGUGGUGGGCCAGAGCACAGGCCCCAGCCCAAGUCCCAACUCCUGCUCGAACCCAAACACCGGAAGUGGUUACAUGAACUCCCAGCAGUCCCUGCUCAGCCAGCACGUGAUAGGGAAGAAGCCAAGCCUGCAGAGGCCAACCAUGGACCAGAAGCAGCAGCUUGUCCUCCAGCAGCAGAUGCUGGCCGAGGCGGAGAAAAUUUCCCCUCAGGAUCAGAUGAAUCGACAUCUAACCAGGCCGCCCCCAGACUACAAAGACCAAAGAAGAAACCCCAGCAGUCUGCAGCCAUCUGCUCAGUAUUCUGGUGGCUCCUCUACGGUGAACUUAAACUCUAACCAGGCUUUGACGAACCCGGUUUCAACACACACCAUUUUGACCCCAAACUCCAGCCUCAUGUCUACGUCUCAUGGGAUGAGAGUGCCAUUGCUAUCCACGGCGGUUCAGAACCUAGGGAUGUAUGGAAACCUGCCGUGUAACCAGCCUGGCACCUACAAUGUCACUUCAGCGAUGAAUCAGCUGACCCAGCAAAGAAAUACAACUCAACUGAUAACAAACCAGAACAACCCUCUGAUGCCACGGCCAUCUCCCUUAGGGGCAAACAGUGGUAACAGCGUAGCCACCUUUGGAGCUGGAGCUGUUGGCAGUUCACAACAACUAAGACCAACUUUGGCCCACGGUUUGACAGGCAUGCCCGCCCAGAGGUCAUCAACUGUCAUGAUCACAACCAACGCAACAGCAACAAACUGGGCUUCUCAAGAUGUAACAACGAAACAACAGGAAGCCCUCAAAUCCACAGGAGUCCGCUUCCCAACAGGUACACCUGUAGCCUACACCCCAAACCAAUCAUUGCAACCGGGAGUGGGAAGCCAGCCAUUUUCCCAAAGGGCAGUGGCGCCCCCUAGCCAGUUAACGCCAGCAGUGCAAAUGAGACCUAUGAACCAAAUGAAUCAGACUUUAAAUGGGCAAAGCCUGGGUCCACUCCGGGGUUUGAACCACAGACCCAAUCAGCUGAGCACACAGAGUCUAUCCAAUAUAAACCCAUCAGGAGCGGGAAUGAAUCAGUCGAGGACCGGCACCAACCAGCUGCCCUCCCUGACAACACCCAACACUUUUCCUUCAUCCAACCAAAGUUCCAGAGCUUUUCAAGGAACUGACCAUGGUAGCGAUCUAGCUUUUGACUUCCUCAGCCAACAGACGGACAGCAUGGGCCCCGCCCUAAACAGUGACGCUGAUUUCAUCGAUUCUUUAUUGAAGACAGAGCCCGGCAAUGAUGACUGGAUGAAAGACAUCAACCUUGAUGAAAUCCUGGGAAGCAAUUCCUAAAGAGAAAGGGAAGGUGGUUUGCAGGCUCCAAGCAGUAUUUCCCAAGGACACUGUAAUGCCAAACUACUGACAGCCGGCUGGACUGCAGGCAUCAAAACAGAAAGCUGGCAGUAACUGCAGUGGUGAACAUUUUGGUUUGCGUGCUUAUUUUAAAACUCUCGAGCCUGAUAGUGAAACAUUUGGGAUCACUUUUCCCUGCCUGAACUUCAGGGCGUGUUACCCAGUUUAUCCAAACACAACUGUGUAUUGAUAUGUAAGUGUGUAAAAUGGU